AUGGCUCUUGUUCGAGACCCAUAUUUCUGGAAACGGUUUUCAACUGCAGUCCACAUGGACGAAGAAUCCAAGGCAGUUGAACAGAGAACACAUACAAAACAAGAACCCGCAUCAUGGCUUGACCGCGAACGACGAAAGAGCAAGCGUUCGAUUAUCUGGGGCUUCGUCAUUUUCUUUGGCGUAGUGCUCGUCAUAAUUAUCAGUGUGGUUCUAUGGUGGCUUGCUAAGAACAACUGGCUCCAACCUCGGUCGCAUACCUAA